AUGGUAUUUCGUAUUCCUGUAACAAUUCAUAGUGUACCAGAAAAAUUUCUUAUUGUAUGUGAAACUGGUCAUGAAACUAUACAAUGGUUAUGUGAAAAAGCUUAUAAAAUAUAUACUGAAAAAUAUCAUGAUAAAACAGUACCUUAUUAUUUUGUGGCUCGACGUUCAUAUGAUCGAUGUUUAUUAUCACUUGAUGAUCAUAUUGAAUAUGUAUUAAAAGAUAAUGAAUCAAUAGAAAUUGAUAUAGCUAAACAAUUUGAUAAUGAUGAUGAUGAUUCAUUUAGUACAGCAACAGAUGAAGAACGUCAUGUUGUUCUACUCGAUGGAUAUCAUUUAAAAUGCAGUGAUUUAGUUCGACUCGGUACUGGUGAUUAUCAAAUUGAAUUACCAGAUGAAACAUGGAAUUUAAUUCAUAAAGCACGAGAAAUUGUUGAUCAUAUUAUUACUAAUAAAAAAGUUGUUUAUGGUGUAAAUACAGGUUUUGGUUCAUUUGCAUCAACAAUUAUUUCUGAUGAAAAACUUGCUGAUUUACAAACACGAUUAAUUGUUUCACAUUGUGCUGGUGUUGGUGAACCAUUAACAAUUGAACGAGCUCGAAUGAUGUUUGCAUUACGUAUUAAUAUUCUUGCAAAAGGAUAUUCAGGCAUAUCAGAAGAUACAUUACGUAAAAUUAUAACUGCAUUUAAUAAAUCUUGUAUUCCUGAAAUUCCAUCACAAGGCACUGUAGGAGCUUCUGGUGAUUUAGCACCAUUAGCACAUUUAGCUGCUGGUUUAAUGGGUGUUGGACGUAUGUGGUCACCAAAAACAGGUUGGGGCAAUGCAAAUGAUGGUUUAACAAUGAUCAAUGGAACACAAUUUAUUACAGCACUUGGAGCUGAAGCUGUUGAACGAGCUAUAUUAAUUGCUCGUCAAGCAGAUAUAAUUGCAGCUUUAAGUACAGAAGCAUUACGUGGUACAGUUCGACAUUUACAUCCAAAUCUUCAUGCAUCUCGACCUCAUGUUGGACAAAAUCUUGUUGCAGAACGAUUACGUGCAUUAUUAUCUUCUCCAUUACAUCCAUCAGCAAUAUCAGAAAGUCAUGCUAAUUGUGGUCGAGUACAAGAUGCUUAUUCAAUUCGAUGUGUUCCACAAAUUCAUGGUAUAUCAUGGGAUACAAUAAAAUUUGUUAAAAAAAUUAUAACAACUGAAAUGAAUAGUGCAACAGAUAAUCCACUUGUAUUUACAGAAACUGAUGAAGUUGUUUCAGGUGGUAAUUUUCAUGGAGAAUAUCCAGCUAAAGCUUUGGAUUAUUUAGCAAUUGGUGUACAUGAAAUAGGUAGUUUAAGUGCAUGUCGUAUGGAACGACUUGUUAAUCAUGGUAUGAGUGGUUUACCAGCUUUUUUAACACUUGAAGGUGGAUUAAAUUCUGGUUUUAUGAUUGCACAUUGUACAGCUGCAGCACUUGUUUCGGAAGAUAAAGUUUUAUGUCAUCCAUCAUCAGUUGAUAGUAUAUCAACAAGUGCUGGUCAAGAAGAUCAUGUUUCAAUGGGUGGAUGGUCAGCUCGAAAAGCAUUGAAAGUUAUUGAUAAUGUUGAAAUUAUUCUAGCAAUUGAAUUAUUGAUGGCUUGUCAAGCUAUUGAUUUAUUAUAUCCAUUAACAUCUACUUCUCCAUUACAAGCUAUUCAUACUUUAGUACGACAAUCAAUUGCUACUUGGGAUAAAGAUCGAUUUAUGUCUCAUGAUAUUGAAACAGCUACACGUAUUGUUAAAUCUGGUGUUAUUUGGAAAACAGCACAACCUUAUAUUCAAAAUUAUCAUAAUUAUUAUUAUGUAGAACAUCAUGGAGAACCAUUACCAAAAGCUGAAAUAUUGAUGAAAUUGAUAUAUGUUUUUAUUCUUCAAUUAGAAAUAAUAAUGAUUAUGAUGAUUUAUGCAAAAAAUUAUAGUGCAUCUGAAUUAAAUCGAUUACGUAUUACAAAACGUUAUCGAAAUCAUUUAUUAAUAAGAUCAUCAAUGAAAAAUAUUACUCAAACAAUAGUUUCUAUUGGUUUAGGAAUUAUUGAAAUAGAAGGAAUUAAUCCACACCAACAGGUUAUUACACUUAAUGUUAAUUUUGAAUUAAAAUGGUGUGAUGAUCGUUUACUUUGGAAUACAAGUGAACAAUUAUGUUUAAGUAAACGAAAUCGUUCGGCAAUAUUUUUUACUGCAAAUGAAAUAUGGACACCAGAUAUUGUUGCAAUAAAUGGACCAGGCAAAACAGAAAAAGAAGUUAAAUAUCAAUAUCCUAUUUUAGCUCUAUGUAGUGGUAUUGUUCGAUGGUCAUAUCAAGAUAAACUUGUAUCAUAUUGUGAAAUAAAUGUUCAAAAUUUUCCAUUUGAUAAACAAUAUUGUACAAUACUUCUUCAAUCAACAAUAUAUGAUUCAAAUGAAUUAAAAUUACGUAGUUUAUAUAAAGUAGUACAAUUAUAUAAUUUUAUAAAUACAGAAUGGAAAAUAAUACAUGCAACAAUUGAAGAACUUGAUUUAUAUAAUCCAUAUUAUGAACGUUAUUUUAGUACAAUUAAAAUAAAUAUUGAACUUGUACGUCUUUCACGUUUUUAUGUUGGAAAAAUAAUUUUUCCUUUUUCUAUUAUAUCAUCACUUGGAUUAUUUUCAUUUUGUUUACCAACAGAUAGUAAUGAAAAAAUAACACUUACAGUUAGUGUUUUAUUAUCAUUAACUAUUUAUUUACAACUUAUAUCAGAUUAUGUACCAAAAAAUGAACGUGGACUUUGUACAUUAACAUUAUAUUCAAAUAUAAUAUUUUCAUUAGUUUUUUUAUCUUGUCUAUUUAAUAUAUUAACAAUAUUUAUUUAUUAUUAUGAAGAAUAUUUUUUAAGAAAUAAAAUAUCAAAAAAAACAUUUUUAUUUACUAUACAUCAAUCAUUAAUAGAAUUAAAUAAAAAACGUCAAAUAUUAUUUAAAAAAUGUCGAAAUAAUCAAAAAUAUUUAUCAAAACAUAUUGAUAUUAAUGCAUUUGAAAUAUUACAUGAUAUAAAAUAUAUACGAGAAUUAUUAAAAAAUUUACUUAUACGAGAAAAUUUUGUUGAUUAUCGUCAUAAUUUAUUUUAUCCACAACGAUCAAUUAAACAACUUGCUGUAUUUGUUGAUAGAAUUUUAUUUUUUAUUUAUCUUAUUUCAAUGCCAUUAAUUUUAAUUAUAUUAUUUAAAGCAAAUAGUCAAUCAAAUAUAUUACCAACAACAAAAAAUCAAUUACUUGAUCUACGUAAAAUAUCUAUUGAUCCAGCACCUGUUUAUCGUGGAUGUCCAACCUAA